AUGGGUGGCGAACCCACACAACAGCACCAUUGGAACGGUGUCCUCGAUUCGGCGCUCGACGCAGUCGGCAACACGCCUCUAAUCAGACUGAGCAAGAUAGCCAAGGAAGAGGGUCUGGCUUGUACCCUUUUGGGCAAGUGCGAGUUCAUGUCAGCCGGAGGAUCAGUCAAGGACCGCAUAGCCAAGCGGAUGGUUCUCGACGCUGAGAAGCGCGGAGUCCUUAUACCCGGCCAAAGCGUAGUCAUCGAACCUACUAGCGGAAACACCGGUAUCGGAUUGGCGUUGGCUUGUGCCAUCAAGGGAUACCAAUGUAUCAUUACUCUACCAGCCAAGAUGAGCUUAGAGAAGGAGGUCAUGCUGAAAGCGCUGGGGGCCGUCAUCGUCCGGACACCGACCGAGGCCGCCUGGGAUAGUCCAGAAUCGCAUAUCGGCGUAGCGCGCUCGCUCGAGAAGUCAAUACCUCACGGGAUCAUCCUCGACCAGUACGCCAACCCCCAGAACCCUCUGGCCCAUUAUCACACCACAUACCCAGAAAUCAUGCACGCGCUCGCCACAUCCGACCUACCCUCAAAGCAUAUUAGCCUCCUGGUCGCCGGCGCGGGAACAGGCGGUACCAUUACCGGCAUAGCGCGUGGAAUUAGGGAUGGCGAAGCCGGGACUGGGAAACGAGCCACGGUUGUUGCUGUGGAUCCGGUGGGAUCGAUCUUGGGAGGUGGUGAGCCGGGCAACUAUGAGGUGGAGGGGAUCGGAUAUGACUUCUUCCCAGAGGUUCUGGACCCGAGGCCGCCUCUGAUCGAUGAGUGGGUCAAGACGGAGGAUAAGGAGUCUUUCGCAGCUACCAAGCGCCUGAUCCGUACAGAAGGGCUCUUCGUCGGCGGCUCAUGCGGUUCCGCCCUGUCCGGCGCUCUCCGCUAUCUCCACUCUCCGGCGGGCCAACACAUCGCCUCCGACCCGACCGCCAACGUCGUCAUCAUCCUCCCCGACGGUGUCCGGAACUACAUGUCCAAGCCCUGGUUCCUGGACCAGAUGGAGGAUGAGGCGAUGGUGGAACUCAAGCAGCAGAUCAAGGGUGUGAUUGGGCGGGAGCUGAGCGAGCCGGGCGUGAUUGUACAGAAGGCGGAAGAGGAGGGCGUGACGCUGCAGGAUGGAGAAGGAGUGGGGCUGGGAAUGGGCAGAAGGGAGAGUGGGGAGAGUAGAGGAAGUGGGACGCUGGUCGGGUCGUAUGCGGACGAGAAGGGUGGGUCGAUCUCGGAGGUUAUGGACAAGCUUGGCUUGGGAACCAAGGGUGCUGCAACUUGA